AUGGAAAUGGUUGACGCCAAUGGAAACCUUUUACAAGUUGAUUCCACUUUAAAUUCCGAUCUAUUCUUUGCUUUAAGAGGAGCAGGUGGUGGAAGUUACGGCAUAAUAACAUAUUUUGUCUUUCGUAUUUAUCGAACGCCACCACAAGUUACUUCCAUGAAAUUGGAAUUUGAUAGUGCAAAUAUGACAAAUAUGAAUCAAGUAUAUAAGCUGUUUCAUGCUUUCAAUGAAGUUGGUCCAUCACUUGACGAUGGUAUUGCACUUAAAAUGAAGUUGGAUAAAAGAUCAUCAUCAAUUACUGGAUUAUAUUUAGGUCCACGUACCGAAGCGCUAAAUGCAAUGAAAGAAUUCUUAUCUAAAGCACCAGAUCCGAGUUUAUUAGAAUUUGAUCAACAAACAUUUUUUGAAGCUGUUGCAACACUUUCUAAAUCACCUGAUAAAUAUGAGGUUGUGAAUCCAGUGCAUCAUCCAAAUUUCUUUAAAGCAAAAUCUUUUAUUGUUAAUAAGGGUAAAGGAUUAACUAAUCGAGCUAUAGAUUCUUUGGUUAAUUUUUUGAAUAAUGCUACUUGCGAAACUUUUGCUUCACUCGAUUUAUACGGUGGCGCUGUAAAUAAUUAUGAUAGCUCUUCUUCUUUUAUACAUCGCGAUGCACUUUAUUGUAUACAAAUGGAAUCUGAUUGGACAGGUAACGAACAAACUACUGGAUGU